CGGGCACUGGGAACUGCGACAAUCGGCUUGGGACGUUUGCGGUCAUGGGCGAUGAAACGAGGAGCGAUGCAAAGCCGGAGGAGAUGUCGGAGGCCGCUGCCUCGACGCUGAAGACCUUCCGCGCCGCGGUCGCAGAGGUGCAAAGUCUCACGCAAGAGGACGGAACCGCAGUGGACGAAGAGGCCAUGCAGGCAGCCAAAGCCAAGGUGGCUGCUGCCAUGCGCGCGGCUACGCUUGCUGGAGUGUCUGCGCAGACUCUCCUGGAGGCCAGCGCGCCACCAGAGGCGGACGAGGCGCCGGACGAAGCGGCGCCUGAGCCCGAGUCGGCGCCUGCCGAGGGGGAGAUCAAAACCGGGGUCCGAGUGGAGAUCUUCGGCCUGGAGUCCGAGAGUGGCAAGCAGCUCAACGGCCAGGUGGGCCUCAUUGCCAGCUUCGUGGAGGAGAAGGGCCGGUACCAGGUCAACCUUACCGACAAGGUGGUCAGCAUCAGACCAGAGAAUCUGAAGCAGCUGCCAGCCGUCGCGACAGGGGAUGCAGGUGCAUCGAGCGCCAGAUUCAACGUCGGCGAUCGGGUGGAGGUGAGUGGCCUGGAAUCUGAAAGUGGCAGGAAGCUCAACGAGAGGGUGGGCGUGACAAAGGAGUUCAUGGCUGACAAGGGCCGGUGGAAGAUCGAGAUGGAGGACACCAAAGAAGUGGUGUCGGUGAGGCCUUCGAACCUCAGCUUCGUGGAGAAAGGUGGCUCGGGCUCGGGCUCGAGCUCUAGCUCGAGAUCAGAGGAGGAGCGCAAGGCCAAAAAGAGAAAGAAGUCCAAAGCCAACCCGGAGGAGGCACUUGAAGCCAUGCUGAAGGGUGAGAAGGUGAGGACAGACAAAAGGAAGAAGUCUGCGCGGGACGCAGGCGCCAAAGCAGCGUGGGCCGCUGCUACCAACGAGGCUGAGACGGGGCCGCUGAGACCCGGCGACGUUGUAGAGGUGCAUGGCCUACAGAGUGCUGGCGGCAAGGCCCUCAACGGCAAGAGUGGCCUGAUCACAAAGUGGGACGAAGUCAAGGGCCGGUUCCAAGUGGAGCUGGGCAUGGCCAAUCUGCAGAGCCUCAAGCCGGAGAACCUCAAGCGAACGGCAGCCAGCUCGCAGUCAUGGGGACACUCCGAAGGAGGAGCGGAUUUUCAGGAUGCGUCCUACGCUGGAAGCACCGCCGGCUACACGUUGCUAUAAGAUUAUGUGCAACAUCGCGCCG